AUGAAAAGAAAAAGUGGAAUAGGAAAACAACAAAACCAACGAUAUGUUAGACCAAAGAAAACACAAAGUGAAAAAGAAGAAGAAAAUAAGGAAGAAGAAGAAAAAGCAAUAGAACUAGAGAAGAAAAGUAAUUCAGAAAGAAUUAGAGAAAUGAUUGAUUGGAGUAAAAUGAAAAUGAAUGUUAAAUUCCAAGUUAGUGAUAGAGGAAAUAAUGUCAUUGUUUAUGGUACAAUAGCAGGAUUAAAGGAUGAAGACAUUGAUGUUAAUAUCACAAAGAAUGGAUAUUUGAAAGUUAGUGGAGUUAAAAAACCAAAUGACAAUGAAAUGAAUAUGAUUAUAAGAACUAUCAAACAACGAAUGGGCAAUAUAAGUGAUGAAGAUAUUGCAAAGAUUGCAAUGAAAUAUUGUAAUGGAAGAUUUGGAACAUUUAGUCAAUUAUAUGAAAUUCCAGAAGAUAUUGAUAUUAAGAAUAUUACAGUCAAUUAUGAUGAAGGAAUUCUUCAAGUAAAUUUACCAAGAAAACAACAAACAAGAAGAAGCAUGUAUCCAAGAUUUGGUAUGAAUGAUUACAAUGAUGGAUAUGAUGAUCCAUAUGAUUCAUUCUGGUAA